AUGACAGCUUUCAUUGCAAUCACCACCAUUUGGGCAUUUACUACAGAUCUGGAACUGAGAAAAACAAAGUCGUCCCCUCUAACCGCGCGUGACCAGUUCUCCCGCAAGACAAACGCCCCCCACCCAGCCCCGCCGGGGGCGCGGCCCCCGCAGCUAGCCGCGCGCGGGCGGAUGGGCGCCUCGGCCCCGCGCGGCAAAGGGGGACGGCAGAGUUGCCGGGGCGGGCUGGAGCCGCGGGGAGGAAGAGUUAGGGCACUGGCGUGCGGAAGAGGGCCAGAGGUGCGUGGGAAGAAGGAUGACCUAUUUUCCAGGACUGUUUAUAACCGAAAAGUGAGGGGAGAGAAGCAGGGACCGCUCCCCACGCGCCCUGGCGGGGCCGGGAAGGUCUGGACCGCGAGGAACGUACGAUCGCACAGCUUUGGCCGCAGCAGCGGGGCGGCGGGCGGGAAUGGGCGAGCCACCCGGCCCCACGCAGAGCCGAGGCGGCCCGUGGGGCGCGAGGGGCCCCGGGCGUCACCCGAGAAGGGGAGGCCGCGCGCCUGCACCUGCCAUCCCCUCCAGGGCGUCCGGGCGCCGGGAGGGGGCAGCAGGGACAGCGGCGUGCGCGCCCCCCGCCCGGGCAGGGCCUUCAGGGCAGAGGCCGAGCGGCGCCCUCCGACCCCGCGGGCCGCCCCAAAGCACCCCAUCCCACCCAGGGCCCGGGAGCUGCCGGCCGAGGCGCGGGCCCGGACCGCGGCCCGAGGGGCGCCGGCCGGGGCUGGGGGCGGAGGCGCGCAGGCGGAGGGGCUGAGGCCGGCACUCACCUGCCUGCUUCCCCCUGCGCGCAGAGGCGGCGCCACACUCCGGCUGGACCCCACCGUCCGCCUCAACCAAGCCCCAGGCGGCGGUGGCGGCGGCCGGACGGGAGAGGCGGGGCGGCGGGCUGAAAAGGCCCAGCCGCCGCGGCCCAACCCGGCUCCGCCCGUCCCCGGAGCCCCGCCCCAGGGGCGCCGCCGCCGCCGCCCAUUGGCCCACGAGCCAGCCUUCCGUUCGUGUUCCUCCCCAGCCAUUCCCGGGGUCCAGAGCGGCCGGCUAAAACCCCGCCAGCUUCGGGACCACCAUUGGCUGGGCUUCGCCUACACCCGAGUCCUGAUUGGGAGACGCGAGUUCCGGGACCCGCCUCCCGCGCUCAAGUUCCGUUAG